UAACUGAAAUUUGGGGCAAGCAAUUUCCCUCCGAACUGAAAGUCGCAAAGGUCAACUGUUUUGAGAAACUGAUGGAUGUUGUUCAAUCCAAUAUGCUCCCAAGGCUACAGAAUCUGAGAAAACUCUCGAAGAAUGCAAAAGAGAAAGAAAUGGCUCAAGAAAAGAAAAAUGAUGAUGUCAUCGUAUUCCCUCGGCUAAGGAUCGUGAGACUUGACAAUUUACAGAACCUUGAAACUUUUUGGAGGACUAGAAGAUCUGAAGCACAAACCUUGUUCAACCAUCAGAUUGCAUGCCCCGAAUUAAGGGUAUUGUCCAUUGGUUGGUUGCCAAACAUAACAGAUGUGUGGGACAAGAAAUUACUCCCAACAGGGUCCUUUUGUCAACUAAGAGAGGUGAGGAUCGAGGGAUGUGACAAACUGGUGAAUGUGAUUCUAUCCAAUAUGCUCCCACGAUUGCGGAAUUUAACAGAACUCUCUGUACAAUACUGUCCAAUGGUGGAAGAGAUAUUAUCGGAGAAAGGGGAAGAAAAAACAGAUGUAGAAGCCAAAGAAAAUAUCAUCUUGUUCCCUCGACUAAAGACUCUAGAACUUGGAUCUCUGGAGAAUCUCGAAAGUUUUUGUACCUCCAGACUAGCAGCACAACACUUCUUCAAACACCGGGCUGCUUUCGCUGCCUUGGAGGAAUUGCACAUUUGCAACUUGCCUAACAUAACAGAGAUUUGGGGGAAGCAAUUACUCCCAGUUCCCAAAACAGACGCACGGUCCUUCGAAAAAUUGGCUGUCGUGAAUGCCACUUGGUGUGAAAGACUGGUGAAUGUGAUUCCUUCGAGUAUGCUUCCAUGGUUAAAAAAUCUAAAAUCAAUUUAUGUAAAAGGUUGUCCAGAGAUAGAAGUGAUAGUCUCGAAGAAAGCAAAUGCAACUGUCAGUGGCGAUAUCGUUAGUUUUCCUGAACUAAGUUCUCUGUCAAUUGACAAAUUGUAUAAGCUCAAAAGUUUCUGCAGCAGCUCUACAAGUUCGGAAGCACAACCAUUGUUUAAUGACCAGGUUGUAUUCCCUGUUUUGGAGGAUUUGUUCAUAAACAGAGUACGAAACAUAACAAAUAUAUGGGAUAAAUUGCACUCAAGAGAGUCGUUUUGUUCUUUGAGGCGCAUGAUGAUCGAGGAUUGUGAAAAAUUGGUGAAUAUUGUUCCGUCUUAUAUGCUUCCACAGUUGCGAAAUCUUGAAGUACUCAAUCUUUAUAGCUGUCUAAAGAUGUUAGCGAUAGUCUCAGAGGAAGAGGGAAAAGAAAAAGAUGUUAAUGAAAAUACCAUUUUGUUCCCUGAAUUAACUACUUUGAAUCUUAAAAGGUUGGACAACCUCAAAACUUUCUACACACAACCCUUCCUUAACCACCAGGUAUGAACUGAAUGUACUUCAACUCUUUUUUAUAGUUAUGCUAUGUUUUAUGAUAGACCAAUCCUAUUAUUCCACCCGAUGACUCAUACAAUACCCAUUACAGAUUACUGGAAAAUUAUUAAUAAUCUCAAAUUAUCUCAUACUUAUCAACUAAAGUCUCAACAAAAUGUCAUUUGUCAAAACUUAAAGCAGACUUUUUCCUCGCCGUUUCCAAUUUUACGCUGAGCAAAGCUCAUACAUUUUUUUUUCUUCCUAUAAUAGAAAAUAAUUUUAUCCACAAUCAUACUAAAAAAUAUGGCCUAUAAUCUUAUUUGUUAUCCAUUUUUCACACUUCAUGACACAGGGUAAAUGAAUCUC